AUGUCGGUGCAACAAGGAGAGAGACCCAGGAAGUGGGGAGCGGGCGCCGGGCUCCCGGACUCCAGCCUUCGGCGGGGCGGUCCCCGGAAAGAAGGGUCUCGAGGCUCCGAGUGGAGAGAAGGAAAAGGCGGCGAUCACCUAACUGCCCGUUCUUCUCUUGCCCCGGGGCAGGGGCCUCAGGAUGGAAAUCAUCAAUCUGCACUGCCGGAGAAGGUCGGCUGGGUCCGGAAAUUCUGCGGGAAAGGGAUUUUCAGGGAGAUUUGGAAAAACCGCUAUGUGGUGCUGAAAGGGGACCAGCUCUACAUCUCUGAGAAAGAGGUGAAAGAUGAGAAAAAUAUUCAGGAGGUGUUUGACCUGAGUGACUAUGAGAAGUGUGAAGAGCUCCGGAAAUCCAAGAGCAGGAGCAAGAAAAAUCAUAGCAAGUUUACUCUUGCUCACUCCAAACAGCCCGGUAACACGGCACCCAACCUGAUCUUCCUGGCAGUGAGUCCAGAAGAGAAGGAAUUAUGGAUCAAUGCCCUCAACUCUGCUAUCACCCGGGCCAAGAACCGCAUCUUGGAUGAGGUCACCGUUGAAGAGGACAGCUAUCUCGCCCACCCCACUCGAGACAGGGCAAAAAUCCAACACUCCCGCCGCCCGCCAACUCGAGGACACCUAAUGGCCGUGGCUUCAACCUCUACCUCAGAUGGGAUGCUGACCUUGGACCUGAUCCAGGAGGAAGACCCUUCCCCUGAGGAACCAACCUCUUGUGCUGAGAGUUUUCGGGUCGACCUGGACAAGUCAGUGGCCCAGCUCGCAGGCAGUCGGAGGAGAGCAGACUCAGACCGUAUCCAGCCCUCCUCAGACCGGGCAGGCGGCCUUCCUCGACCUUGGGAAAAGCCAAACAAGGGGGCCACCUACACCCCCCAGGCACCCAAGAAGUUGACCACCACAGAGAAAGGCCGCUGUGCCUCCUUGGAGGAGAUCCUAUCUCAGCGGGACUCUGCCUCAGCCUGCACCCUCCAACUGCGGGCCGAGGAGCCCCCAACCCUCAUCCCACCCCAUCCGGGGCAGCUGUCCCGGAUCCAGGACCUGGUAGCAAGGAAACUGGAGAAGACUCAGGAGCUGCUGGCAGAGGUUCAGGGACUAGGAGAUGGGAAGCGAAAGGCCAAGGACCCCCCUCGGUCUCCUCCUGCCUCUGAGUCAGAGCAGCUGCUGCUGGAGACAGAGCGGCUGCUGGGAGAGGCGUCCUCAAAUUGGAGCCAGGCAAAGAGGGUGCUGCAGGAGGUCAGGGAGCUGAGAGACCUAUACAGACAGAUGGACCUACAGACCCCGGACUCCCACCUCAGACAGACCACUCAGCACAGUCAGUACCGGAAGAGCCUCAUGUGAAGGAAGGGGACAGGGUCUGGACCUUGGGAUGGCGGGGGCACAGACUCUUAUCUCCAAAUGUUGCAGGAUAAAGCUUUUUUAUUUACCUCAGUCAAAAAAAGAAAACAAAAACACAAUCAAACUCAUUGCUCUUGCUGAUGCUCAACCCUCCUGCAACUCUCCUUUCCCAACCCCCUUUCCUUACUUACCUCCACUCAGGUUUGAGGAGGAGGUGACCCUAUAGCAGUAUUAAGAAGCUUUGCCCAGAUGAAGAGAGAGAAAGAGUAAUAAAGACACAGCCUAACCAUUUUACACAUGUCACCCCUCUGAGAUAUAGUGGGGAAUAUGCUCCCAAGGACAUGUAUAGGCUUUUAAGUUGGGGGGGUUCCAGGUUUUCCAUCUGAGGGUGAAAUUUUAGCCGCCCAGCUCUGGCUCUAGGAAUGUGGAAGCCAGUGCCACCUGUCCAUGCACACAGAAGUGAAGUUUAUCCCAGGCCUGAAAGGAUUGGGGGAAUUAAAACCCUCCGUGCCAGACACUGGCUUCUCCCAGCAAGUUCAGAUUGAGACUGAGCUGCCUGCCUUCAUCUUCCACAAUCCUUCCCUACACUGAUUCAGAGAUACAACGCUGGGUGUGGAUGGAAUUGGUUUGGUUAUUUGACUAGGGGGUUCUAGCAAAGAGGAACUAGGGAUAGCUGACCCCAAUCGGAGAACCAACUAAGAAUGAAACUGAUUUGUGAUGCAAGCUAGGCUGGAUGAAGGGGAAAACCGAACAUGUGCCCAGGUUCCUCUUUCAGCCAAGCUAAGUUUCCUGUAGCCUCCCCUCCUUCCGUAAACCUCUCCUCCAACACUAAUCAAGCCCCGACUUUAGAAAAACAUCUCAAUGCUCACACCUCCCAACUAGGCUCCCUUGAAUUCUUGUCUGUGGUAGGUCCUCCACAACUCAUUUUGUUUGCCUCUUUCCUCUGAAGUUUCUAAGAUUAAGUUUAGUAACAGAAGAGUUUAGGUCCAGAGAAGAGUUGUGAAGGCAAGAUAUGAAUGAUUUUCAGAAAGAAGGGGACAGCCUCAUGAACCAAGUAAAUGAGGGAUUGAAAGCCACUUUGAAGUAUGUCCCUUGCUAGCUUCUUGAUCUGCUUCCCCAGAUCUCACCUGCAAAGGCCAAAACCUAAACUAGAGCUUCACUAGGGAUGAGGGAAGAGAGAAAAUGCGGACAAUUGCUGGUAGAUCCUGGCUAUGAGGCUGCCCUAAUGUGACUGACGUUCAGGAAGAUACGGUAGGAGGGAAAGUAAAUCCUUUGGAUGAAACAGA